AAAAAAACUUUUUUUUCCUCUUGAUUAUCCAUUUCUUGUGAAAUAAACCAGGAGCUGGGCAACAAGAAUGAGCACAGUGAAAGGAGUGGCAGUCAUCUCCGGCGCCAAUAACACCAUCAACGGCUCUCUCCACUUCAUCCAAACCUCCAAUGGGAUAACUCAUGUAAAAGGAAGAAUUGCAGGCCUCACUCCUGGUCUUCAUGGCUUCCAUAUUCAUUCUCUUGGUGAUACCACUAAUGGUUGCAACUCCACUGGGCCUCAUUUUAAUCCCUUAAAGAAGGAUCAUGGAGCUCCAUUUGAUUCAGAGAGACAUGCGGGUGACCUGGGAAACAUUGUUGCAAACAGUGAUGGGGUUGCUGAGGUUUCAAUUAUUGAUUCCCAGAUACCACUUAGUGGGCAACACUCAAUUCUUGGGAGGGCUGUUGUGGUGCAUGCUGAUCCAGAUGAUCUAGGAAGAGGUAGACAUGAACUCAGCAAAACAACAGGGAAUGCCGGUGCUAGAGUAGGAUGCGGUGUAAUUGGGCUGCAAUCGUCUGUAUAGAUCUUUUGCUGAACUAUUUGAUGGAAAACGUGAACUACAUGAUGUAUGGUUUCGUUCUUAUGUAGUAACUAUGGACUGUAUAUUUAACUUAUUGAAUUGAAUGUCAAUGAAGUUCUUGUGAGAUAAAUGGAACAAUAAAAGUAACUCAUCUCAGAGUUUCUCUCA